CCGGUGGGGAAUCAUUUCCGGCAGCACCUUUGCUCAAAAGAAGCGACGCUACAGUGUGAGGGUGAGGAGAAUGUUUCCUUCCGGGCCGUCGGGAUAAUACGAAGCAGGAAGAUGAUGGGGACCGCCGGGCUGUGGAGGAGAGUCUACUCUAGUGGCGCCGCCACCGCCGCCGCCGUUGGAGGAGGAGAGGGAGCGGCCUCCACCGGGGCCGUAGCCAAGCGGGGUAUAUGGGAGCGGCUAGGCAUCUGGGUCCGCGGGCUACUGCACGACUACGCUGAGGCGUGCACAGACGCCGCAGCGGCGGCGCGGGAGCGGCCCGUGCGGGCGGCGCUGUACGCGGGGCUGCUGGGUGGCGCGGCUGCCUGCGCCCUCCAGACCCCGGAGGAAGCGUCCUUUGAGGAAGCGCUGCUGGACGCAUCCGGGACCCUGCUGCUUCUGGCGCCCGGCACCCGCAACCCCGGCUCGGAGGCGCAUGUGCAGCGCCUGCUGUGGCUGCGGGGCCGGGGCCGGCUGCGGCACCGCAACCUGGGCCUGUGCUCAGUGCUCUAUGAGGCCCCCUACGACCCCGAGGCUAGUCUCUACCAGGCGCGCUGCCGCCACUUGCAGCCGCGCUGGGCCGACUUCCCAAGUCGCGUGCUGGACGUAGGCUUCCUGGGCCGCUGGUGGGUGCUGACCGCCAAGAUGCGCGACUUCGACAUCAACGACGACGAGUUCCGCCACCUGCCCGCGCACCUGCGCACGCUGGCAGAGCACCAGCUGCGUUCCGAGGCAAAUGAGCGGCUCUUUGACGAAAAGUACCUGCCGGUGGUCCUCACGGAGGACCAGGUGGACCAGGCCCUGUGGGAGGAGCACGUCUUGCAGAAGGAGAAAAAGGACAGGCUGAUGCUGAGCGAGGCCUCCCCCGAGGGAGCCGCGGGCUGAAGGCCCGCAGCCUAUGGCCGGCGUCUUCCUGCUCUGUGAUGAAGGGAGGGAGCUUUAGUCAAAUAAACUUUUUUUCCUCUCCUC